GACGUUGACCAUCACUGUUCAUCCACAAAAACAACGUCUGGAAGUAAAAUUAAAGAAAACUUUUUUUUACUGAUAAAAGGUACUUUCUUGACCCGUUCUGACUCAUAAGAAGAGUACAAACUCCAGGAAUAUGUGAAACAAAAGAAGGUGCUAUCAAAUAAGUGAAAAUCAAGUAAUCUGGGAUGAUUUUUGAGGCACACACCCGCCCAGUUUGCUGAUAAAAGCUCGUAUAGCGCAAAAAAACGGCAUUAUAUAUUCCACAUGCCAAUAUAAUCGACUGAGCCACGUCCUGCGUCACCGCGAGAAUUCCAAUCACAUCGAACGGAUACGGAUAGCACCCGACCGAACACUUACCCACCCAACCACCACCCCACAACACCCAACACAGUCGCAAUGGAUUCCCAUUCGCGUUUCACACCGAGAUUACCAGGUCCCGCCAUCAAUCCGAUCGUCGACAACUCGGACGAGCCCCAACCAAGUCUCUCCGAUCUGCACGACUUCGAGCCGAAGCUAGAGUUCGACGAUACGGAGCUGCUGGCUCCAUCACCACUGGAAAAAGAUGUUAUGGUCGGUGACUUUGUACUGGCCGAUGAUCCAGAACUAGAGCCCGAAGAGGAUGUGAAUCCUUUGGAGGACGAUUUCGAGGACCAACUCAGGGAUCAGUCCGAGACUUUUCAGACGCCCAAAAACAAAUGCGAUUUCCUCGGCACGGACAAGCAGGGUCGUCACAUUUUCGCUAUAUACGCGUCACGCUUUCCAGAAAAAUCUCAGCUUGAGGCCUUCGUUCGUGAAAUUAUAAAAGAAAUUGAACCGUUUGUCGAGAACGAUUACAUACUCGUAUAUUUCCAUCAAGGCCUCAAGGAAGACAACAAACCAUCCGCGCAGUUCCUGUGGAACUCGUAUAAGGAGCUCGACCGUAACUUUCGCAAGAAUCUGAAGACUCUGUAUGUGGUGCAUCCGACGUGGUUCAUUCGGGUCAUUUGGAACUUCUUUAGCCCCUUCAUCAGCGAUAAGUUCCGCAAGAAGCUAGUCUACAUCUCCAGCCUGGACGAGCUGCGCCAGGCGCUCGGCCUGAACAAGCUGAAGUUGCCGGACAACAUCUGCGACCUGGACGACAAACUGAACCCCAGUCGGAAGCCAUCGACGCCGCCACCCAGCAGCAGCAUAAAUGCAUCCCGGCAGCAGCAGCACAAAAUGGCGACGACGCAUCAAUUCGGGGUGCCCCUGAAGUUCAUUGUAAUGAACAGUCCCUGCCUGAACUCCAUUCCUCCGAUUGUUCGCAAGUGUGUGGACUCGCUGUCGAUCACAGGCGUGAUAGAUACCGAGGGCAUAUUCCGGAGAUCGGGCAAUCACUCUGAGAUCAUGGCGCUCAAGGAACGCGUUAACCGCGGCGAGGAUGUGGAUUUAAAGAGCGUGAAUGUACACGUCAUCGCCGGUCUGCUAAAGAGUUUCCUACGUGACCUCACCGAGCCGCUGCUCACGUUUGAGCUAUACGAGGAUGUGACUCGUUUCCUGGACUGGCCCAAAGAGGAGCGAUCGCGGAAUGUGACUCAACUGAUACGCGAAAAACUGCCUGAGGAGAACUAUGAGCUGUUCAAGUACAUCGUCGAGUUCCUGGUGCGUGUGAUGGACUGUGAGGACCUCAACAAGAUGACCUCCUCCAACCUAGCCAUCGUCUUUGGCCCCAAUUUCCUGUGGUCGCGCAGCACCAGCACCUCCCUGGAGGAGAUCGCCCCCAUCAACGCGUUCGUCGACUUCGUGCUGCAGAACCACAAGGACAUCUACUUGAUCGACGUCAAUCAGCGCACGGUGUCCGUCGACUAGCGACUGGCCACCGCCACCCACAAACAAGUCCGUAAUUGUAAAUUGUUUGAUUUUAAUGUUAGUCCUAAGUAAACCAACGGUUAGCGAAAAAAGAGCACACAAAACGGCAACGGAAACUAGAGUUGAUAACAGUUUCGUGUAUAAAGUGUACUGUACUCCUAAGUUGAAUUUUAAACUGUGUGUAAGUGUGAGAACUGCUUGUAGCCCCAACUCCACGCCAACUCGCCUCCGGAUCACAAUUAUUUAGCUCCCACGGUGUGAGCACUUAGUACGAUUGAUUUACCAAAGACAUUUGCUCGUGUUCGUCUGUCCAGCAUCGAGCAGAAGAUAAAUUCGAAACGAGAUUUUAUUAUUAUGUAUUAUGCAAUAAACGCACAUUCCCCAUAACCGGAACGAACGAAUCUUGGUUGCGUUGCUGAAUGCACCUCUCGCACGUAUGUAAGUGGAGUUGUGGCGAACUCGAAAAUCGUAUGUGUAGAAUUUUGAAUUUCCUUAUAGUAA